CUCCAAAACGGUAGGGGGCGGUAAGACGCCACAACCGUGUUUGCCUUACAGGAAGUGAAAUAAUCAACAAUUCAGCGCCAUUUCGCUGUCCAUUCAACGGGCCUUGGCCUUGUGUUUAUAUUUGGGUGAAGGAGACGGAGACCUUCAUCAUGGUGAAGAUAUUUAUUGGAAAUCUUGCCUGCAACACCACCGCAGAGGAGCUGCGUGAACUCUUUGAGAAGUAUGGCAAGGUCACGGAAUGUGACGUCGUCAAAAACUAUGGUUUCGUGCACAUGAGCGCCAUGGCUGAUGCCGAGAAGGCCAUUGAGAACCUCCACCAGCACGAGCUGCACGGCUGGCGCAUGAAUGUGGAGCUCAGUAAAGGGAGGCCGAAGUCCACCACGAAGCUGCAUGUCAGUAACAUCAACCCGGAUGUCACUACUGAAAUGCUGCGGGUCAGGUUUGAGGAGUUUGGCCCAGUAGUGGAGUGUGACAUAGUCAAAGAUUAUGCCUUUAUUCACAUGGAGCAAGUGGAGGAUGCCAUGGAGGCCAUCAGUAAGCUGGACAACACAGCCUUCAAAGGCAAGCUGAUGAGCGUACAGCUGUCCACAAGUCGGCUUCGCACAGCCCCGGGAAUGGGAAAUCAUACUGGCUGCUAUGUCUGCGGGAAACAUGGUCAUUGGUCGAAAGAUUGUCCACUCGAUCGCACCGGUAGCCACGACGACAGCAUGAGAAGUCACAGUGGUCGAGCCCCCCCUCGCAGUCCGCCAGGUUAUGGCCGGGGUGCCUACGGAAUGACCUCGCAUCCAUCGGCUGAUUACGUGGGUGGCUCUGCGUAUAGUCAGGGUAGUUAUCUAGAUGGGAUUCCACCACCGCCGGCCCCACCUCGUAGGGUUGGUGGCUACGGCUCUGAAGCCAGCAGUAGGUAUGCAAGCAGACCAGCAGCCUCCUAUACUGAGAGGCCAUCGGCUUACGAAAGUGACCGUCCUUACAGCAGCAUUGAUUACUAUGAGAAGUACAGAGCUCGGCCCUAUGGCUCGAGCUAUUUCGAAGAUCGUCGUGUUCCCUAUGUUCCUCCACCUCCUCCUCCCCCUCCCUCCAUGUCAAAGCUAUCUUCUGGUGUAGAUCCGUACCGGCCAGUGCUUCCCCCGACGUCGGCCGCUGCCGCCGCCGCCGCAUACUACCCCCGAGACCACAGCCCCAUCAGACGGAUGCCAGACUCGACGCCAGCGUAUGCCUAUGAGCGAACACGAUUGUCCCCUGUGUCCUCCAGGAGUUCCUACGCCGUUCCACGAUCCAAGGAUCAUUACACACAACGAUAUGCUCCAUAUUAAGACUAGGGGGGCCAAGGUGAGCAACUCAGAACAAUUGUUGGCACGCCAUUUAAAAAAAAAAAAAAAAGGGGAGCGGGAUUCUCCAAAAUAGUGGGACAGCCUUUCUGAAGGAGAAUCCUCUGCUCUUUCGUAGGUCUGUUUGUGAUCCACGGGACUUUGCUUUGUCGGUCUAUCUUAAAAGCGGCGUGAUUUCACCUGCGACCGAGACGCUCACUGCAGUUUGUGUUUCAGUCACAUUAUCGCGUUCUAUUCUGCUAAGGAGGUGUUUGAACAAGAACUACACAGUCCGAAAAUAUGUGGUGUACAAUGACACCAUACAAUGUUUGGUUUGUUUUGCGGAUUGUCAAAUCGUUUUUUUUAGCUAUGUUAUUUUUUUUUAAUCUCGUCCGUACUUGUUUCUCAUGUAGAGCAAUUUGUUCAACAGAGGAAAUGUGAACUGUUUGACUUUUGGUUGUUUUUGAAGGAAGGCUGGACUCGUGCCUAAGGGGCUCAUUAUCUUGUCAUAUUAACCAUGAACUUAGCUUGUUUGUGUUUGUUCCUUUGUUUUGAAACAACUUUCGUUGUUGUUGUUUAACCUUUUGUAACGUUAUUAUAGGUCAUACCUUAAUGUGUUUAGUUGUAUGGAUUUGGAAAAACAACAACUCACUAUAAACAUGCAUUGUAUAUGAUGAAAUGACAAAAGCAACUCCCUAGUAACUGCUAUCUUGUUGGUUUCCGACGUAUCUCUGUGUGAAGGAGGUAUUUAGGGAAACGUAAAUACUGAAGAC